AGAUCGCGCUCUCACGGAACACGCACACACACGCACGCACGCACACACACACACACACGCUCUCAGCCUCAUCAAGCCGCUCUUCAAGCAUGUUGAUGGGGAGAGAAUAUAAGAGGAGCAACCGCUGAACAUCUCGCUUUGACGGGUGCUGAUGUGUUGUUGCGCCCCCUUUCAGUGCCUCCUGUAGUGCAUCAUGGGAAAACACCUAACAUUCCUACUGCUGCUUCUACGGAUGCUCACCACUAAGUUGUGUCAGGCCGAGGAUGUGAUAGCGCCGUCUAUGAUACCAAAGGAGGAAGUGACUGAGAUCCCAAUAUCCCCUACUGCUCUGAAGGUGUCAAGGGGGCAGAUCCUGGCAGCUCAGUUUGAGUGUUACCUCAAAAUACUGCACGACCCACCACGCACGGAGCCAGGGCCGUACUGUAAUCGCACGUGGGACGGCUGGCUCUGCUGGGGAGACUCGGCUCCGGGAACCGCCAUGCAGUACUGCCCUACUUAUUUCCAAGACUUUGACCCAGCAGAGAAAGUAACCAAAGUGUGUAACCCGGAUGGACAGUGGUUCCGACAUCCAGACAGCAACCGACUGUGGUCCAACUACACGCUGUGCUCGGCCUACACCAAAGGAAAAGUCACGGUCGCAUUCACCAUGUAUUAUCUGGCAUUGCUGGGUCACACGCUGUCUGUGGUCUCCCUGCUUAUAUCCAUUUUCAUCUUCUCAUAUUUCAAGUGUCUAAGCUGCCAGAGGAUCUCUCUCCAUAAGAACAUGUUUCUGUCCUUCAUCUUCAACUCGAUUCUCAUGGUCAUCUGGUUAACUAUGAUCUUCCAUGAUGAGCAACUAGCUGCCACCAACCAAAUUGGCUGUAAGAUCUUGUCCAGUCUGAUUCAUUACGCAGCAUGCUCGACGUACUUCUGGAUGCUGUGUGAGGGGAUCUACCUGCACACACUCAUCAUCGUGGCUGUGUUUGUGGGAGAGCAGCAGUUGGGCUGGUACUACCUGCUGGGCUGGGGAUUCCCAAUUAUUCCAGCUGUCAUUCACGCUGUGGCCCGUCUGCACUUCUAUGACGACAAUUGCUGGAUAAGCAACUCUAACCUUCUCUACAUCGUCCAUGGCCCGAUCCACGUCGCCCUGGUGGUGAACCUCUUCUUCCUGUUGAACAUAGUGCGUGUUCUGAUCACAAAGCUCAGAGUGACCCACAGGACCGAGUCCAAUGCCUACAUGAAGGCCGUGCGUGCCACCCUCAUCCUGGUGCCCCUGAUGGGCGCUCACUUCAUCCUGGUGCCCCUGCAGCCUGAAGGCAGACUGCCCUUGGCCGUCUACGAGUUCUUCAUGAACAUCUUCAUGCACUUUCAGGGCCUCCUUGUUGCCAUCAUCUUGUGUUUUGGAAAUGGAGAGGUGCACUCAGCUGUAAGACGUAAACUUGCCCAGUAUCGGGUACAAUGCCGGCAUCGCCUGGUGACGACUGACUCUCACUCUCACAACUACCACACCAACUCUUCGAUCGUUGAGACCAGCCGAGGGACCCUGAGUCUGGAACAUGUGCCACCUCAGGUGGACGAGGACAGAACUCUCACAGCCAUGUUGGUCCUCAACGGCCAGAGCAACGGCAAGCGCAGUUUCAGCGAGGAAGAUCACAAACUCAAAGUCUUGGAGUCGUCAAUGAUCUGACCCUCAAGUGGAAAGAGACUUCUUUAAAUCUUCAAACCUAAGCUCUUUUAAAGAAACACGUCACCAGGAAUGUGAACAGUGGUAAAAAAAAUAUUUUUUAAAAUGUGGUUAGUAUAAUUUGCUUUAUACUAACUGGUCCAAAUUUUUCAUUUAAAGGGCGUCCUAUAUGGCGUCCAUCUAUUUCCCAACACUGUAAAUAAAUGAACAUGAAUGUUCAAAGAAGCGACUAAAAGUCUGGCGGAGCUCUUGAGCGAUGUCUAAGGUUUUUCCCUUUCGUCAGGAGAUCACGAGUUUGAAUGUCAACGAGUUUGAAUGUCAGUCUGGGAACCCAAGUGAGCGUUGAACUUUGGGUGGGAUAGUUAGUCUCAUUUUCCUUUCAGUCUGUCAUUUAGUGCAACUCUAGCCAAUCAGAAUAGGGCAUUUAGCACCCUCCUAAACAUUAGGAAGAAGCAUGUGGUAACCUUUAUGGGGGUGGACAAAUCACUAGCACAAAGCGUUUUCUUUGUAGUUGCCCCAUGGACAAGCAAUCGAUGUCCUACUGACUUUCACAAAACAAACAUUUUUAUUUGUAGCUACGUUUAAAUGUGGCACACACAUCAAUGCUGUAACUAUAGCACCAGUUACUUGUUCCGAAUCCUACCACCUGCUACACUAUAAACAUUUUCCAACCUGGUUUAUCGUAGUCAGGUUAAUUACAGAGGUGCUAACAAGAAAAUCCUAGCAUGCAGAGAGAGAAAAAACAACCACAAAAAGUCCUCAAGUUAUCCAGGCAUCAACACUUUUUUUAUUCUGGUAGGUCUUUAAGCCCCUGCUUCACAUUUUUACAAUAUAUACAGAAUGUACACAUAACAUUAGCUAGCUGGCUAAUUUGUUUGUUAGCUAGCUAGGUGAAUAUUAAAUGGGCACUACUUAGUUAUAAGUUAUUCCUCCAUUUUUUAUUUUUUACUAAGCAAAGAGACCCAAAUUUGUUUCAUAUAAUUUUCUAACAAGAUCGAUGCUUGUCAAUUCGACAACACGAACAAAUUUGAUUCACUUUCAGUCUGACGCUGCUUUAGCUGAGACAGCUGAAAAGCAUCGUUGUGGCAAACAGUCAAAAUUCUUAAAUGCUACGGCAAAACGGCCGAUGUUGGCACUGCUGUAAUUAGCUCGCAUAGAAUCAGAGAUAUGUGGAAACGAUGCUAUCACAGCUAUGCCUGCACAGUACGUCACCUCGCAGGUAAACGUAUCAAGAGAUGCUAGCUAACCUCAAGCAAUAUCUUUUACAUGCGACGGGAGGACGGAACUCCGUAUCGGAUAGCCGAAAUUUUAGCCAGCUGACUUUUUGUGACAUGAUGUGCGACGUUAGAAAGUUUCUUAGACGAGGAUAGAGUUUGUAUUAAUGCACUUAACUAGCUCACUGUAUGCUUUCAUUUCACAUUAACCACCACUUUUUAGCCUAGUCAGCUAGCUUUCCAUGGGACCAAAAAAACAUAGGACUUUGGAAAAUUGGAGCUUUUAUUUGUGCUAGGCAAUGAAUUUACGAUUUGUUCACCUCCCAGAUUGGUAGCUUGGUGCGAUACGGAGCGAUCUAAACGAUGGGCUUGGAAUAGGCUACGAUGAACUUGGUGGAAAAUUGAGUCAAAACACUUGUAACAGAUUUGGAUUUAGCUGAAUUUUCCUGUACAAAUAGUCUAUAAAAGGUGAAAAAGGACAUUUUUGUUUCAUCAGACCCCAAAUAUUAGAUCAUAAAGUCCCAGCAGGUUGCCACUAAACUCAUUUGUACCUACUGAUUUAAAAAAUUUUUCUGCAGGAUCGACCCACAUGGAAAAAAUAAUUAACAGAAGUUGGAUUGUUUGUUCGAGCACUGAUAACAUUUGAAAUAUGUAAUUACUUCUUAAAUAUGUGUAUACACACUUGUAAAUAGGCGUUCUGUGUGUUUUUCACCCACUGCCUUCUCUUAUUCUUAGCGGAGGCUUUUUUCCCCUCUCUAAACUUACAGUAUAUUAUCGUGAGUUGUGCAAAGACAUGUCUUUUUGCUCGUUUUGAACUCUUGGUCAGAUUUCUUGACUGAAACAUUCCUUUCAAACUUCCAAUGUGUGAAUAACUGUCAUUUCUCCGUUUGUGUAACGGAUGCUAUUGUUUUAAAGAGCACAAUAAAUGUUAUUGCACUGGACAUUCGUUUUCUGCGAUACUCACGCUUUA